AUGGCGCUGCACCUGCACAGCCAAAGGUUCUCGCCGGGUCUGCAUCCGCGGGGCGGGUCCUGGGGAGCUGAUCCCGGCGCGGUGGCCUCCGGGCGCUCGGGCCACCACCGCCGGGGCGCGGGACGCGACCCAGCUGGGGAGGCUCGGAACCCGAAUGAGGAGGAGCGGCAGUUACUGCUGGAGAAGCCGAGGCGCGCCGUCUGGGACUGGCCGCUGGUGGCUGCCGCAGAGCCGGCCGGACUGCGGGGCAGGGUCCGCGACGGGUGUGGAGCCCACGGCCUACCCGGCUACCGACCGGGUCCAGCGGGCGCCCACGGUGGUCCCGCCUUGGUCCGGGAGCUGCGACCCCAAUGGCCUGAGCUCGGCCAAGAAACUCCAGCCAGCCCCGCCCCUCGACUCCGUCCCUGGACUCCGCCUUCCCCGCCCGUGCGCUCAGUCUACGCCCCACACCACCUCAGGCCCCGCCCCCUCAAAUGCACGCGCUCAGGCCCGCCCCUGCGCCGGCUUUCGACUCCGCCUCCGCUCAAGCCCCGCCCCACACCAUCUCAGGCCCCGCCCCCUCACAUGCACGCGCUCAGGCCCGCCCCUGCGCCGGCCUUCGACUCCGCCUCCCGCUCAAGCCCCGCCCACGCCAUCUCAGGCCCCGCCUCCAUCGCGGGCAGCGCUGGGGGCCUAGCUGUCUUCCGUUACCUGCCCUGGCUCACCGGGAUGCUUGCUUACGGCACAGAGUUGUUCAGAUUUGAGAAUCUUGUCACGAAUUCCUUUUAAAGCUACGCACGGAUCUUCUUCAGUUAUUUGCUCAAUUUUGUUUAAUAUCGAGGCGUUUAGCUUACUACUUCUCUUACCUCCCCGUUUUUUUUCUAUCAACACGCAACCAUUCUUCUUAUACUGGUAAAUAAUUGACUUUGCCGUAUGGUUUUUAAUACUGGCGAUGGCAGCUUAUUCAUUUACCGUUCUACCAUCUUCGUAACAUUUUAUUAAAACCUUUUAUUUAUC